ACAGGCAGAGCCCCGGACAGCUGCGCAUCCCGCGGGGCGGUGCUGAGAGGAGGAGGGGCCUGAGAGCGGCGCCGGACCGCCGUGAGGACUGCGUGGGAGCACCGCCCCUUCCUGGCGGCCGCCAUGUUCCUGCAGAGGGCGCUACUCCUGCGGGGCCGUUUUAGAAUGGGAAAUAGGCUGCCUACCUCUGUCGAGCUGUCUGAUGCUGCUGCUGUGAAUCAGAUACAGGAGGUAAUCUCAGACAACUGCGUGGUGAUUUUCUCUAAAACAACAUGCUUCUACUGCAAAAUGGCAAAAAAGCUUUUUGAGGGUUUAAACGUCAAUUACACAGCUGUAGAACUGGAUGUGAAUAAAAAUGGAAGCCAGUUCCAAGACAUUCUUGAACAGAUGACGGGUGGCAGAACAGUCCCAAGAGUGUUUGUUAAUGGGACUUUUAUUGGAGGUGCUACAGAUACUCAAAGACUUCACGAAGAAGGCAAGCUGCUUCCAUUAAUUCAUCAGUGUCAAGUGAAAACAAACUCCGGAACUACUAUUUAGCUUCAGUUGUCAUUUAUAUAAAAUGGGUGAAAAUGCAGACAAGUUAAAAAAUCACUAAGAUGUACUGCAACAGCCGGGGUUAGGCAGCUUCAAACUGUGGUUUUUUGAGUCUCAAGUGAUUCUCUUGACACAGACUUCAUGGAACUGACACAUUUGUCUUCUUGCCUCAGCUUUACCACAACAGCAGUUAGUAUUAUGUAUCUCUUGGAACCCCAGGUCUAAGAUAAUCAUGUCAUUUUUGUUGCUCUUGCAUCCUCAUAACGUGUCUCACGCUGUUAACUGUCCAGGAGUUAAAAGGUUUUAAGAAUCUUGGAGCUUUGGUGGUUUUUGUUUUCUGCAUGAGUUUCAUUUCUGGCUUUGUUCCCACCCUUACACUGCAUGGUCAGUACAAUGGCUCUGUGGGGGGUCAUGAAGCAAUUAUGAAUCAACAAAGUUGUAGCAAUGUUGCAUGUAAAACUUUUUCGAAGUUCUGCUACUUCUACACUACUUGUACUACUCAUUCAAGUGUUUUUGCCUCAUAUUAAAAGCAGUACCUAUACUUGUGCUUGUUUUGUGUUUUAACAGUAUUGAAACACAGUUUUAUGCAAAUUCCAUUGUAAUUUAGUUUAACUGUAAUUUAUGGAAAUAAGUUAUGCAAACAUGGAAUCAAUCAAGGAAGUCCAGUGGCAACAUCCAUUGUUCAUUUUAAUGGAAGCUGAUAUUAGGAGAAAUGAGUUAAUGAGUUAGCUUCAUCAUUGCCUUGCAUAAUCAUUCUUAAUAUGAUCACAGUCCAACAAAACCUUCAACCACCCAGGCUUGCAAACAGCUCCGUUGUUGUGUUAAAACCAGCUAGGUUUUGAUAGUACUGAAGUACAUUAAGAUCUGCUGAAGAUCUAUAUAUAAGUCUUCCAAAUCCAGCCAACUUGCUUUAAGGUCUUUUGUCAUAUAUGUCUGUGGAAGACUGCAGUAGUAAGCUGUUCUCUUGUGCCAGGCCUGGAUAUGAAUAGUGCAGGAUGUCUGACUUCAUUUGCCUCCCUCUAUCUUCAACAUCUGAUCACCUCACUACUGAAGUUUACUUCUAAUUGGUACAGUAAAAAGGGAAAAGAUGUUUGCCAUUUUAGAUCCCUGGGUAACCACUUUGGUCUUUACUCUGCAGUAUGAAAUAUCAGUCUAUGUACUGUUAUUCAGGAAUAUCCUCUAGGUGUAAGCCAGAUCACCUGCUACCUAAUCUGCAGCUACAGACAAUGUUAUGAACCAUUCAACGCUAUUUUGACACUUAAGGCCACACAAAACAAGUCCAAUAUGCAUAGAGUUUAUUUAGUACUUAUAUUCUACAGUCAAAAUGCAAUUUACUAGCAGUAUUAACUUGCAGUUAAAUGUCUAAAAAACCUAAAUUCAAUAGUUUCAGUAAAAUGUACAUCCAAAGCCAGACCAACCAAUGCCAAGACUUGGUUAUUUCAAGAAAGUUCAUAUGUCAGUAGAAAAAACCUCUUUCUUUAGUAAGAGACCAUUACACUACUAAAGAUGCACAGUUUAGACUAAAAAUGCUAGUCAAGGAUUUUUAUUCAGUCUCUCCUCAAGAGAACAAAAGCUCUACAUUCAUCUUUAGCUAACUAGGAUUGCAAGACUGUCAUCUGAAUUUGACAGCUUCCUUCUUGGGAUGCAGGUUUGAAAUAAAUUUAAGUAAUAUUAUUUGUAGAAAGUGUUGAGUAUGCAGCUGGUCUGCACUGUGCAUCUUUAAUUUGUGUAAUUAGAGAUAAACACAUUGACCUCAUUGUGUUUUCACCAUUGCAUUGUUAUUUUUUCUGAUUUCAUUAUCAAGUCUUUCCAAAGACACUCAUUAAACAAAUGUGCAUCUCUCCCUAAAUUUAUACUUAAUAAAGGAAUUUAUUUUGCUGGUAUCAAAGUAUUCUUUGCCUAUUAUCCUUAGGCCAGUUAUGUUUUCUGACAAGGUUAAUAAUUAUGCACCUGGAAAGCCUGCAAAUCCAUAAUGUAAGUACUAAUGGUAUGCAAAGAAAUUUUUCAUUUUGUUACCCAUUAGAAAAAGUCCCCAAACAAUAGUUUAAAAUAACCCUUUGAAUUCUAAAUUUCAGAAGUCUCAGGGCAUUGUCACUUAAGGCAAUAUUCCACUCCAAUAGUUGAGAAAGCAUGCUGUUUGCCUGCAGAGUCCAACAAGUGCCAAUUUAGUACAGAAAAUCAUGUCUUAAGGCAAUCAAAGGGUUAAUUAUGCUUCUUUUCAACUGCAUUAAGGCUCCCCCAUCCAAAUAUUUUCUUGUUAAUUUUGUGUAAUCCCAUAGAAAGUAGCAGCAAGACAGUGGCUUCAUUAUCAGAUAGCACAAAGCCACCAUGUUAUGUUUAAGUCAUUUAAACACUGUAUGGCAGCUAAAGUGUGGUUCUACUCUGGAAAAAAAA